AUGGGUAACGGUUGUGAUGGGCCUAGUGAUAUGGAUAGCAGUUGUGAUAGGUCUGGUGAUAUGGAUAGCAGUUGUGAUAGGUCUGGUGAUAUGGAUAGCAGUUGUGAUAGGUCUGGUGAUAUGGAUAGCAGUUGUGAUAGGUCUGGUGAUAUGGAUAGCAGUUGUGAUAGGUCUGGUGAUAUGGAUAGCAGUUGUGAUAGGUCUGGUGAUAUGGAUAGCAGUUGUGAUAGGUCUGGUGAUAUGGAUAGCAGUUGUGAUAGGUCUGGUGAUAUGGAUAGCAGUUGUGAUAGGUCUGGUGAUAUGGAUAGCAGUUGUGAUAGGUCUGGUGAUAUGGAUAGCAGUUGUGAUAGGUCUGGUGAUAUGGAUAGCAGUUGUGAUAGGUCUGGUGAUAUGGAUAGCAGUUGUGAUAGGUCUGGUGAUAUGGAUGAUAAUUACGAGCGGCAGACUAUUGCUAUUAUUUUGAAUCUAUAUGACAAGUUCAUUCGAUAG